AUGGACAAAGACAUUAAAAAUCAUCAGCAGCAUCUGAAGAAUCUAAUUGAAAGAUCAAAGAAGUCGUUUGCUUAUUAUUUAAUCGAAGAGGCUUUUUACGCUGCUCUUGAUAUCAAAUAACUUGAUUGGGCAAACGCCUUCUUGAGAAUUAUCACCUCAAAGUUCACCUAGUCUGUUAAGUCAAUGAGAAUGCUAGGAAUGCUUUACGAAGCACUUCAAGAUCAUGAAAAGGCGAAAGAAAUUUAUCAAGAACUGAUUUUACUGAAUCCAAACGAUACCUAAUCUGUUAAGAGAUUAGUGGCAUUAGAAAGAGAUAGAAAUCAUCUCUCUGAUGCUAUUACUUUGCUCAAUAAAUAUCUUGAAAACAAUCAACAAGACAUGGAGGCAUGGCUUGAAUUGACUGACAUGUACCUAGCCAAACAAAACUAUGCUAAAGCUUCCUUCUGCUACGAAGAGGUGCUCUCUCUUCAGCCAAACAACUUUAUAGUUAAUCUUAGAUAUGCAGAAAUGCUUUAUAGUUAAGGUGGAGCUGAUAAUUUGGAUAGUUUGUAUCUUGCCAGAAAAUAUUACUCUCAUGCCCUGACCAUGCAGGAUGACAAAUCAAAUAUGCUAUCUCGCGCUCUUUGGGGACUAUUGUAGACUUGUAAAUAGCUUGAUAUCUUAAUGAAAAACAAAGAGGAGAAGAAUACCGAGAUCAUCUUGACUUGCCAAUAAAAACUGAAAGAAAUCUACUCAAAGUCAAAUAAUAAAAUCGAGAUUAACAGUAUGAAGUUAAUGAACUGA